AUGAAAGCCACCGCCGUAGAGACCAACGAGCGUGCGGAGUUUCCGGACAAGCUCGACUAUGUCGAUAAAACGCCUGAAGGGCUUGUCAAAGAAGCAGUUGACAUUGUUGUCAACGCCUCAGACUACCAAGGUGAUACAUUCCAAAGUAUCGAGAAAGCCAUGAUGGCGAAGAAGGAAGAACUGCAGGAGCAAAUCGAAAAGCUUGACAGGCGAAGAAAACAGAAAGAGCUACUAGUGGAGGGUGGAUGGGAUGUCGUGGUUGAGGCUUUGAGUGGUGUCAAGUAG